CACACACACACACACACACACACACACACACACACACACACACACUUAUCUUCCAAUGUUAUACUAUAUGUAAUGUUGGAGAAGAGCUCAUGGUAGAUAGUGGUGUAACAUAUUUGGCACUGCACCAGAUUUGGCAGUUCACAAUCAGUGAGUAGGUAUUCUCCUUUGUUUCUUUUUACUUAAAGUAUAACUUAAGUAUCCUAAACCCCAAAUGAAGAUUAAGCUUGCCUCUCUGGUAUAAGACCAUAAAAUAUAUGUUUUGUCACAGGUGCUCUGUUUCCAUUCACUUGAUUAACAACAUGCUUAGUUGAGGUAGAAGCUUGUGGAUGAAACCAAAAUGUGAUAAAGGAUGAUGGGACUAUUCCUAAUUAUAACAUGGUGAUAAUGACUUGCACGUCUAAUACGUUCACAGUCAAGGGAAGGUUAUUCCUCCCUUGUCUACUUAGUUGCCACUAAACAUGUCUCUAAUUGACCAGUAGGGGGUAGCUGAGGGCUGGGCAGGGGGCAUGUCCCUAAGAAGCUGCUGUAGAUUAUGCGGAGUAGUUAUGUGGGAUAGGAUGGCGGCCAGUUGGCUGGUGUUGUGUCUAUGAAGCUAUUGCCUGUUGGGGGGUGGCCCUGUGCUACUGCAUCUGUUCAUGGUUAUGGUUACAAAAUGUAAAGUUUUUGUAAAACUGUUACUGAAUUAUUUUACCACUUUAUUCAUUAUAAGCCUAAACAUUGUACUUUGGCCUUCUACUCUGCUUCUAAGCUUGCUUGGGAAUCUGAGGAGUGACCUUUGAGUCAUUGCAUUUCCUCCCUGUUUCUCCCUUGUUCUUUGCCGGCCUGCAUCAUCAGUUAAAGUCUGCAUGAUGAGAAAAUAUGUCAAAUGAUCAAAAGACCGCAACCCUGCUGACAGACACUCUUGAUCUUGCAUCCAACAUCUAAUUCUGCGUACCAAUCUCUCAUGGUUUCUAGUUGUGGAUAUCCAAAGAAGUGUGCGUGGGUGAGGAGGCCGGGAGGGUGAACCUGUUCAGCGUAACGAUACACCCUCGUGUCCAGGCCUUGCUGAGCUCAGUUCCACACCGCAGACCCGGCCUCUUGGGUUGUCACUCCCAUGACAUUGUAGACGUCGGGAGGGAAUGAUUGGCAUUUGCAAAGGGACGGAGAGAAGGGAUACUAUUGGUUAACGGGUCAAAGGAGUGUCUGGCAAGGCGUUACUAGCAUCAUCGACUUUGGGUAGGAUUUACAUGGCGGUUUUGCUCUCCAUGUUGUUAUCUCUUUCACUAUGUUUAGGUCUCUUUUCGUUCUUUCUUGGUCUCUUUUACUCAUUGGUCUUACUUAAUUUGAUAUCAUUAGUUUCUAUGUUAACUACCGCUGGAGGCAUGAGGAAGAGGAAACGGGAGGGAAGUUAGCUUGUUCAGUCGCCGGUUCCCCUAAGGAGUGGUCUAUAUUUGCAAUAGCAUGCAGAGGAAGGUCUAUAUGGUUGACACUGUACUCCCUAUCUCUUUACUCUGGUGUCAGCUUGUGUAAAGACGGCUGUGCGAACACCAGCCUAGGACGUUUGGCAAAAUAUUUGACUGUUUACCAACCAGCAGGCACUUGAUCCUUGAGCUUGGACUGAGCUGAGGUAUGGAGUAUAGUUUCACCAGGACAUACAGGGGAUCUUUGGUCUGCGAAGAUUCAUCAGAGAAGACCAAGAAGGAGGUGAUGUCCAAAGGCUCAACUGGCAUGGAGGUCAUCCUGGCUUCCCUGGAGAAUUCCCGAGAUCUUCAGACCACCUUGAACAUUCUUUAUAUCCUCAGUGAGCUACUUACUGUGGGCGGAGGGCGCAGGGUGGCGGUGUUUGUGUCCAAGGGGGGCCCCGCCAUCUUACUGAAGCUGCUGAUCUCUGCCAGCAAAGAGUCUCCUCCCAGUGAGGAACUCAUGCUGCAGCUUCACUCCCUGCUGGCCAAAGUGGGACCAAAAGACAGGAAGUUUGGGGUGAAGGCCCGUUUGACUGGAGCACUGAAUGUCACCGUCAACCUACUGAAACAGAACCUCCUCAACUCCAAACUGGUUCUGCCUUGCCUGCAAGUCCUCAGGGUCUACUCUUCCAACUCGGUGAACGCCAUCUCUCUGGGGAAAAGCGGUGCAGUGGAGCUCAUGUUCAAGAUCGUGGGGCCGCACACCAAGAAGAACACCACCCUGCUCAAGGUGGCCCUGGACACUCUGGGAGCCCUCCUCAAAUCCAAGACCAACGCGCGGCGGGCGGUUGACCGAGGGCACGUCCCCCUCCUGCUGUUCGCCUACCAAGACUGGCACCGCAAUGACACCCGGCAACGGCACAUGCUGAUCCGGAAGGGCCUGCUGGCCAGCCUCAGGAACAUCACCAACAUCAAGUGCGGCAGGACUGCCUUCAUCGAGGCCGACGGCAUGAGAGUCCUCUACAACACCUCCAACGAGUGCCUCCCAGUGCGGACGCUGGACCCUCUGGUGAACACCUCCAGUCUCAUCAUGAGGAAGUGUUUUCCCAAGAACCGCCUGCCUCUGCCCACCAUCAAGUCGGCCUUUCACUACCCUCUACCACACGUGCCCGCAGGCGGCCCGGUGGCACAGAUCUACAGCCAAAUGCCUGGAGUGGACGACGUCGUGGACGACAGUGAUGAGGAGACUGAGGCGGAUAUGGAGAAUGACACAGAGAACGAAGAGGACGAGAAGGACUGUCGCGCUGGGAACGACGACAUAGAGACGGACCUCAGCAAGCUGCGUCCCAGAGAGAUCCACAGCCGUCCGUUUGAGGAGCUGAGGGUGUACGACAAGUUCUUCCUGGAGCUGUCCGAGGACUUCCAGGGGUACGAUUUAGACUGUGCCAAAACGUCCUCGGAGACUUCCACCACAUCGGCCACCAAAUCCCCCCGGCCAAUCACCGUGCCCGCGGUCCAAGCCGCGCCCCUUCAGCGUGACCCCGGCGAGGGCCGCCCCGCCUCUGCCCCCUCUUCCUGUAGACCUGCCACGCCCCUGGCGCCCGCCCCGGCCUCGUCCCCCCUGCCGCCUCUAGAACUAGCCAGCAUCCACCUGACGGAAGACGGAAAAGAGGGCGUGGCCAAAGAGGGCGUGGCCCCGGGGGCCCGGCCCGCCCCCCGGGGCACCGGCCUGGAGCAGGAGCUGGUGCGCGUGCUGGAGCGCGUGGCCCUGGAGGCCGACAGCCCUCUGAACGGAGGAGGUGGAGGAGGGGGAGGGGUGGACGAGCCCCCGGUGAACUCCACCCGACACAUCCAUUCCCCGCUGCUCGUCGGGGGCAUCGCCGCUGCGCGCCGAGGGGGGGGUGGCGGCAGCAGCGCCGGGGGGUCUGACUGUGGCUCUGAGGGCCCCGAGGAGGAGGGCCCCCUGCUGGAGGUGCCCGACACGGCCCUGCUGCUGCCCCUCCACGACCCCGACCUGUACGUGGAGAUGGUGAAGGGCACGGCCUCGGUGCCCCGGUACUCGGAGGUGGCGUACCCCGACUACUUCGGCCACGUGGCCCCCACCUUCAGGGAGCCGCUGCUGGAGAGGGCCUACGGCGUGCAGAGGGCUAAGAUAUUCCAGGACAUUGAGAGGUUGAUUCACCCAAAUGACAUCUUGGACAAAGUCGUUUAUGACCUGGAUAUUCCUAGUGGCCCUGUGAUUGCUGACGAUGGCGAGUCACUGAAGUUCAACUCACAAUUUGAAUCCGGCAACCUCAGAAAGGCUAUCCAUGUCAGGCAGCAUGAGUAUGACCUGGUGCUCAACUCGGACAUCAACAGUAACCACUAUCACCAGUGGUUCUAUUUUGAGGUGAGCGGGAUGCGCGUCGGAACGGACUACCGCUUCAACAUCAUCAACUGUGAGAAGUCCAACAGCCAGUUUAAUUACGGUAUGCAGGUACUGAUGUAUUCUGUGCAGGAGGCGAUUGGGGGUAAGCCUCGCUGGGUGAGAACAGGAGAAGACAUCUGUUACUACAAAAACCAUUUCUCCAGGAGUUCAAUUGCCACAGGCGGCCAGAAAGGAAAGUCGUACUACACCAUGACGUUCACCAUGAACUUCAGCCAUAAGGACGACGUCUGCUACUUUGCCUACCACUACCCUUACACAUACUCCACUCUCAAGAUGCACCUGUCCAAGCUUGAGGACCUGAGAAGCCCCCAGAUCUAUUGGAGACAGGACGUCCUGUGUGAGACACUGGCAGGAAACAGCUGCCCCCUCCUCACCAUAACAGCCAUGCCCGAGGCCACCACCAACGACCACAUCUGUCCGUUCAAGAACCGGCCGGUGAUCUUCCUGUCGGCCAGGGUGCAUCCCGGGGAGACCAACGCCAGCUGGGUGAUGAAGGGCACGCUGGAGUUCCUGAUGGGCUCCAGCCAGCUGGCCCACAGCCUGCGAGAGGCCUACAUCUUCAAGAUCGUCCCCAUGCUCAACCCCGACGGCGUCAUCAACGGAAAUCACCGCUGCUCUCUGAGCGGUGAGGAUUUGAACCGCCAGUGGCAGAACCCGAGCCACGAGCUCCACCCAACAAUCUACCACACCAAGAGCCUCCUGCAGUACCUCGCUCACAUACAGAGGGCGCCACUGGUUUUCUGUGACUACCACGGUCACUCUCGUAAGAAGAACGUGUUCAUGUAUGGCUGCAGUGUGAAGGAGACAGUCUGGCAGUCCAACAUCAGCACCUCCUCCUGCGAUCUACAUGAAGACCUGGGAUACAGGACUCUGCCUAAGAUUCUGUCCCAGAUGGCCUCUGCCUUCAGCAUGGGCAGCUGCAGCUUCGUGGUGGAGCGCUCCAAGGAGUCCACGGCCCGCGUGGUCGUCUGGCGGGAGAUAGGGGUCCAGCGCAGCUACACUAUGGAGAGCACGCUGUGUGGCUGUGACCAGGGGAAGUAUAAGGGUCUCCAGAUCGGCACCAGGGAGCUAGAGGAGAUGGGCGCCCAGUUCUGUCUGGCCCUGCUCAGGCUGAAGCGGCUCACCUCCCCUCUGGGCCUGCGCACCCAGCAGCACUUCCUGGACGUGGAGAGUGACCUCAUGGAGACCCGCGCCAAAGUGACCAGCAGCAGCCCCACCACCUACGUGAUGGAGGAGGACGAGCCGUCCUUCCAGGAGGAGGUGGACUACAGCGCCGACAGCAACGACGACGAGCCCGACCCGGACGUCGAGGCCAGCAACGAGCCCGAGGACGCAGCCCUCCACCUGGACACGCUGUCAGACUGCGAGACCGCCAACCACAAGAAAUAAAGCAUGAAUCGGGUCCCCGCGACUGCUGGUAUGUUGGUGUCGGGUGGGAUAGGUGGGGUUUGGUGUGGGUCGUUCGACACGUUGAGGCCCAAAUCGGGGGGGGGUUUGCUCCCGAUGGAGGCACAUCUUGCCCCAUUCUACCGUAACGUAGAGCCAAGAGUCGGAUGGCCGCCCGACUCUGUGCAUUCCAAUGAAUGAAUGAAUGAUUCACCCUCCCCCGGAAGUGUCACCCUUGUCACGUAAAGCUUCCUCAUGCCAUUACAGUUCACCCUCUGCGCCCAGCCUUGACCUCAGACACCAUGUAUAGCCUCUGAGAUGUCCUCAAACCAACCUACACCAAACCACGGGCACCGUCACUGUUAAUGCUCUACCUGACCCCAAUGCUUCACCCGUCUGACUUAAGCAGUAGAAGACAGGCCGCACGCAUCUGUCCAGAGUAGUCGGGCAAGACACAGACACGGGACAGCUCCGGCUUUGUAUGAGGCGUUAGUUUUGUUUUGGGUGGAAACCCGCUUUUGCAGUUAUUGUGGAAGUGUGUACCUCACCCGCUGGCUCUCCUGACUGAUAAAUCUCACCAGUUUGCCUUCAUAUUAAUACACCUUUCCUCCAUCUCUCGCCCUGCACUUUAUCACACCCGUCACGUAAAAUAAAAAGUGUGCGUUCCUCCCAUCUUUUCUCCCCUCCACCACCUUCUAUUCUUUAAUCCUUCAUCGUUCUACUUCCAUUCUUUCACUCUGUAAUCCUCUCUUCCCUCCCUUUUUACUUGAGGCCCCUGGGAUGACUGGACCACUUAAAGAGAUGCCUUUUCUUGAAUGUGAAUAAUAGGCCAUUAACAUACACACCACUGACAUCCCGUUGAAUGAGAUCUUCUCUUAACGUAUACCUGUGUUGUUGUUUUGUCGUCGCCCUCGUCCCCUUGAUUGUGGCACCUCAUGGGAUUCCCCUCCUCCCUAUUCUGUCGACUCACUCAAAAUGUGUUGUUUCCUAUACUCGCUCAGUAGAAUGUUUCCACUUCUUAAGCAAAACAUAGUCUUAAUGGUACUUCACAGUAAGGGCGCGUGCCCACACGUGCAGCUCUAUACCCCAAACCUAACACGAGGAAGUUCUGCUUUUUGUUGAUGUAUUUAUAUGUUGGUUCGCAACCGCUUAAAAUGUCUGAAUAAUGACAAAAGUAGGUAGUGAUAAAAAAAAUUUACAGUAUACAUACACACACUAGUCACGUUUUUCCGAAUGAUCGACACGGUACGAUCAAAAGCUGUACAGCCUAGGUGCACAAUGCAUGGGGUGCUAUAUACCUAUGUCAUAGAGGCUCACUUUUCCCCAACAGGAACAGUAUCCCACUCGUCCGACUCAUUUCAUCCACUUUAAAUUACCAGUAGCCCAACCAAAGCGACUAUAAGUAUAUGAGGUUUUAUUUUGAAAUUAACACUAUAAGCUUUUUUUUUUAUACUCUGUCUUAUCAUCGUAGCUUGUAAAGGAGCAGUGUGGAACAAAAAGGUGGUGCUCUAAACCAGAGUAUACAGUCUUGGUUUAGCUGUAGUAUUUUAUUGCUUUCUUAAUGGAGGGAGUUCUAUAGGUCAAUUUCCUAAUGCAUUUGUACAGUUGGUGCAUGGCUAAUUUAUGUUAUGUUUACUUGUCUAGUUUAAUUUACAUUGGUUUUCAGUGUGCAACCCCCGUGUUUUAGGUAAAUGUCAUGUUUGCCUUAUUUAAAUGAAAGUUGUUUUAGAUUUAUAUGUGUUUAUUCAUUGUAUAAUGUUUUAUUUAUUUGAUGACAUAAUAUCACGCUGUCGUAUGAAUGUAUUUGCCUUUGUAUUCAAUUAUAAAGUUAUGAUUCAGAAUGUUUAUGUCCACCUUACUUUGGGAAACUUUUUUUUUUGCAGGCAUAAGAUAAGAUAGCAAACGGCUAAUUUGAUUGUAAUAAAAAUGCACUGAAACUUGGUACUAAAUUAUGGGAAAUAAAAUGUGAAUGUGAAAAGCGGUUGGCUUGCUGCUCUGUAAAAUGCACAAAAUGUCGUGUUUGUAUGAGUUAUUUCAAAAAGAGUGUAGACAAAAUAAACAUGUAUUCACACAUUAAACAUGAUUACCUCUCUUCCAAUCUAUCAUAUUCGGUUAAUGAGCGGGUUAUAUACAAAUUUCCGUUAUUGUAUCCACUUAACCAGCUAAAUUUUUGUAAUUCGUUUUUCUAUCAUAAGCUGGUUAUCACAGAUGAGGUCUUCAGUUGUGAAUAUAAAUUGUUAUUUCCAUCAUGUAAUGCAUUAUUAUUUUUGCUGGAUAAGGAGAUAUAUGCAUGUCCUGAAUCUACUUCCACUUUGAAUUUCUGCCUCUUUUUUUUUUACCAAUAACAUAAAGCAUAUUUGGCAUAUACCACCCUGCAACACAAAGAAGUAAAAAAAAAACACCACUUUACAGUGCAAAGUGUUUUAUAAAGUAUCAUAUUGGAAUGAAGAAUCUUUCUGCUUUAUGUCUAAAUAUCCGCUGUAUGGUGUAGAUACUACCCACUGGUGUGGCUGUAGCUUAGACGGCCCAGGUUUUUAUAUUGAGCAUCAAACUGAACGCUUCCGUUUUCUUCUGUGACAUCGCUGCUCUCAGCAUUCUAGAGCUCAAAUCACUAGGCAACGGGUACCACUCUGAUUUCCAAAGAGAAGUGCUGUCAUUGAAAAUGGCACAUACCAAUUUGUAUUCAUCAAAGCCAGUGAUGGCCGAUCGCUAGUUAGAAUAGUUAGAAAUAUGCAGCCUUUCACUCUGUUAAUGAGGAAUUCAUUGUUCAUAUUUUAUAGCUUUUCUAUUUAAUGCAUUUCAGAUGGAGAUUAGGAGUAUUUGAUUGCCCGUGUUGUUUUGUGCAGGUCAAACAAAAUAUCCAUCAAGGAAUCAUACAAAGAUCACUUUUAACACUUUAAAGGGAAACUGCAAAAAUCUCAGCAUGAUCGUUAAACAUUCUUUUGAAAAAAGAGAUAUGUCUAUUUUUCUUUAUUGAAGACAAUUAAAUACUUUACUUUGCUUUCUUCGUCAAAGCCUUUCAGUGCAAUGGCUCUCAAUCCCAUGAGGGUUUACUGCAGGAAAACAACUGUAUUCCUGUCACAUAACCAAUCGAGUUAAAGUAAAGCCACCCUAACAAACUGGUCAAUACUAAUAAAACUGAAACACCAGCAAAAUACUUGGAGAUGGAUCAGCCUCUACACAACAACAAAGACGCCAGUGGCUUGGAGGCAGAUGCUGUGAUUUGACCUUGAUAUAGUUGAAGAAGGAAUUUCAAUUUGGAUGUACACAAUCUUCAAUUGAAAUAAUUGCUUGCCUGAGUAUGCAUCGGUAGUGAUUCAGUGAUACUUUCUGUGCCAGUUUGUACUUCCUGAUGCAUUACCACUGCUUAGUAAAAGGUCUUGUGAAGGCAAGCUUUCACAAUGGCUAAAUGAGGGAGAAACAGAGAGCGAGAGAGAGAGA